UUUGGUCGUCCUUAGUGACUGUAAACAACUUCGUUUUAAUGGAGGAGACAGACGCUGAUCGACAUAAGACCAAGCUGAUUACAAACCAGCCGUACGACGAAAGUUUGGAGGUGAACGACUCGGAGGAGGUGGCCAGUCUGUACACCCCCACUCCACGAGUGCCAGGAUUCAAGAAGGCUCGAGGACAACUGCAGGCCAUGGCCAACAACAGCAGUGAUGAGUUUGAGGAGGACACCAACAAGGGAAAGAAGGUCCCUCAGCCUCCUGGACAGCUUGGCUUAAGUGAGAACGAGGAGGAGGAGGAAGAUGAGGAUGAUUCUGAUGAAACAGAGUCUGAUGAAGAAGAAGGGGAACAUGGAUCUGCCCCCGAAGGAGCUUAUGACCCUGCUGAUUUUGACCAUCUUCCCGUGACUACAGAGAUCAAGGAGCUCUUCCAGUACAUCACUCGUUAUACCCCCCAGACUAUUGAACUGGAUCACAAGCUGAAGCCUUUCAUCCCUGACUUCAUCCCGGCUGUGGGGGACAUUGAUGCUUAUCUCAAGGUACCACGUCCUGAUGGCAAGCCAGACAACUUAGGCCUGCUGGUUCUGGACGAGCCCUGCACCAAGCAGUCCGACCCCACUGUUCUGUCCCUUUGGCUGUCGGAAAACACCAAGCAGCACAACAUCACGCAAAUGAAGGUGAAGAGCUUGGAGAACCCGGAAAAAAACCCGAAGGCAGUUGAUAACUGGAUUGAGAGCAUCAGUGAACUGCAUCGAUCCAAACCCCCAGCCACUGUGCACUACACCAGGCCAAUGCCAGACAUUGACUCUCUGAUGCAAGAGUGGCCUCCAGAGUUUGAGGAGUUAUUAGGAAAGGUCAGUCUUCCCACAGCUGACAUUAACUGUGACCUGGGAGAGUAUAUAGACAUGAUCUGUGCUGUCCUUGACAUCCCUGUGUAUCAGAGCCGAAUUCAGUCCCUUCACGUGCUGUUCACACUGUACUCCGAGUUCAAGAACUCUCAGCACUUCAAGACAUUGGCAGAGGGCAAGAAAUCCAGCACCUCCUCAGUACCCCGCUCGGGCACAGGGGACCCCGAGACACUGACCUUUGAAUAAGGACACUCCCUCCAUUCUGCUUUGUUUUCUUUGGUUUGUUUUUUCUCUUUGGAUUCCAGGCCCCUUUAUCACAAUAUAAAUGAUUUCACUGCAGACAGACUGUGAUUGGACUGGACUUCCUGGCUCCUGUGUUUUGAGCUUGUUAUAAGAUCCUGGCCUGUUGGACCCUGGGGGUCUCUGUCUCCUCUUGCACUCCUCUUCAUCCCUCUAUCUGUGCUGGCCUUAAUGCAGGACUCUAACCAGCACUGGUGACUAACCACGACUACCCACUCUUCCACACGAAGAGACAGAGCCCCUUUGACAUCAGAGGAGAGGGAAGGGCUAGAGUUCAGGAAGCUCAGUUCCUUCAGAGAUUCUCAGGGUUGUUUCAGAUCCAAAAAACAGGAAUUUGCUUUUCAGGAGCAGAAGAACUGCUAUUAAAAUGGACAGGUGAACAUUGGUAUGUGGGUGGGAGCUAAGCCAGCAUUGAUCCAUAAUUUUCAUUGCAGUGGGAAGUUGUGAGUUUAUUUGUUUUUUUCAGGAGAGAAAAAUGAGAUUUUGAGAUUAAUAUAAGAUUUAAUAAUAAAUCUGAAAACGGAUUUCGGCUUUUAAGCACUCAUUUUUUAAGCGUCUGCUUUCUGUUUGGUUUUAAGAAUUUAUUUUUCUUUGCUCAAUAAUGAUGUUGUGCUUAGGUGUGAACAUUAUCAUAAGACAGGCCUGUGAUGCGUGGGAUGUGUGGUUUUGUGUGUUGUCACUUAAAAACACUCGCAUAAAUAUUUAUUUAUACACAUUUACUUAGCAACUGAACAGUUAUUUCCACGUUGUUCUCACAGGAAGCUUCUCAAUGUUUGAGCUUUUUGUCACACAUGCACAUUUUUAUACGGCACUUGGCUAAAGGUUUUAUACUGACUAUUUCCACAUAAAUACAUAAAAAAACAGUUCUUCUAAUGCUUUAAAUGUACCUGAUUUUCUGACUUGUCUAUUAAUCAUAUAGUAUUUAGAGACCAGACUUUCCUCUUUGCGGUACAAUAGUAUAGAAGUUCUUAUGUAUUAUUACAUGUGUGUUUAAUAUUUUCCACCAAAUGAGGGGAGUAUCUGCUGAAACUGGUUUACAUAUUCUGGCAUUCAGUGUGUUCUCAGUUUGCAGGUUUGGGUCUUGUUUUCAUAUUUCAUCCAAAACCCCAGUGAUCAAUGGGAAUCUGAAGCAUUCAGAGCAGAAGUUGAUAAAUGCUUCUCUUUUUAAAUAUUGUACUUCCAUAUGCUUCCAUAUAUUUUUUAUAUUUUUAUAUAUACCUUUAUAAAAAUAUUGUUCAGAAUGCCAUUUUCUGUACAGAGGGUUAAUAUUCUGAUUAAUGUCCAGAAACUGUUAAUUUAAUGUGAAUUUGUUUCGUAAUAUAUUAAUCAAAAUAAAAGUCACUUAUACUUAAAAUACUUACUUAAAUACCAUACUUAAAAUUAGGUGACAUAACAUUUAAAAUGUUAUGCAAAACCUAAGAUUAAUAUUCCUAUAAG